AUGGAAUUGUUUCGUGAUCCGGUAAUUGCAAACGAUGGACGUGUCUAUGAACGAGAAGCAAAUACAAAAUGGAUUAAUGAACAUGGUACUAGUCCAUUUACUAGGGAACCAUUGCAACUGAGUGAAUUACAACCAGAUGAUCACUUGAGACAACUGGCGGCGCGUCAUCGAAAUUCAGUCGUUUCAUAUAAUGCGCAACCUAGCACAGUCACUUUACCACCACUACGAACUGGUUCACGAAAUGCUAAUCGUAUACAUCCUCAAGGAACGACUGAUGCAACAGCAACCGCACCUGUCAAUACCAAGUGUACAUCAAUUCCACCCAACAUAAUCUUGAACGCAUCCACAAAUUUUUCAGCUGCGUUAACAACAAUGAGUUCAACAUAUGCGGCACCGACAGGUUCACCAAUACCAUCAAAUAAUCACUACUAUAUUGUACGCAAAAUAUCCGUUAAUACCUAUGGUUAUUAUGUUAUUAGAAGUAACAGUUUCAUUGAUUUAUAUGGAUAUUUAUAUCGAGACCCAUUCAACGCAACUCUUCCAACGGUGAAUUUACUUAUGCAAAAUGAUGACAGUGAUGGUCGUGGGCAGUUUCUUAUGCAAGGUCUUCUUUCUUCCUCUUUAUAUAAUUUAGUGGUCACUACUUACUCACCAAAUGUGACAGGACCAUUUUCUAUCUCCGUGAGUGGUCCAGAACCAGUAAUUAUCCAGUAG